GAGAAAGGGAAGGGAGGGAACUGGCAACAGCGUAGCCAGGCAUCUGGACACUUCUCAUCUUAUUCAGGAGGAAUGGCUCGUCAGCCUACAAGCAUCCCAGGCUUAAGCACCACAGCUUUAUAUGGAGCAACAAACCAAAACAGCACCAAUGGCAGUACAUGUCCUGAUGUGGAUGCCUGGGAGUGGGUCUACAAUGGGUAUCCAGUGUAUAUCCUGAUCAUCAUUGUGCUGGGAAUCACAUUUAAUGUGUUUGUACUGAUGGUUUUCUGCCUCCACAAGAAGGCCUGCACUGUGGCUGAGAUCUACUUGAGUAACCUGGCUGCUGCUGACCUUCUCCUGGUGUCCUGUUUACCUUUCUGGGCUGUCAACAUAUUCAAUGGCUUCAACUGGCCCUUUGGUCUAUUCCUGUGUAAAGUCGUCAACCUGGGCAUUAAGAUGAAUGCCUCCUGCAGUGUCUACUUCCUUGUUCUGGUCAGCAUAGAUCGCUAUGUGGCGCUGGUUCAUACAAUGUCCCUUGGCAGAAUGCGUGGGCCAAAGUAUGCAAAAUUGGGUUGUCUCCUGAUGUGGGGUCUCAGCUUGCUCCUGAGUGUCCCCACACUCGUCUUCAGGGAUGUGAAAUAUUUCCCUCAGUAUAGCGCUAAUGCAUGUUUUCUGAAGUACCCAAAUAACACUGUAGAGCGGCUCUGUGAUUGGUUGUUGGUCAUCCUUAGCUUCAUCAUCCCUGUUUCAUUUAUCUCAUUCUGCACUGUCAAAAUUAUUCUGGCUUUGAAAAACCAGCCAAUAGAGAGGUUCAGUGGAGAGAGAACAGAGCACAAAGCCACCACCCUGAUGCUGGCUGUACUUUUGGCAUUUCUCAUCUGUUGGGUACCAUUCCAUGUGGUCACUGCAUUAGACCUGCUCCUAAGAGAUGGCAUCCUGGGGGGCUGUAACUUACUGAGAGUCCUUGAAAUCUGCAACCAGAUCUUCACCUACUUAGCCUUCUUCAACAGUGUUCUCAACCCCAUACUGUAUGUCAUUGUAGGAAAGAACUUCCGGAAAAAGGUUAGGGAGCUCUUUAAGCAGUGGAAGGUUACUAGAAGAGCAACCUCUGAGUCAACACGCUCAAACCAGUCCACUACUCUAAAGACUACUCUAUAAUAUAUUGCUGUCAAAAGCACCAUACCCACAAAAGCUGACUUUGAAAAAGAUGACUAUGGAAGACAUUUAAUGAUUUUCUGAAUAUUAUUUAAAUGAUAAGCUAAAUGUAUGUUGUUGUAUAGCAAUGGGGCCUAAUCACCUUUGCUCAAAUCAGUCUUUGAUGAGACUACUUUUCAAAAAAAUUAGCUCUCGCUUUAAUAGCUUUUUGGAAAUGUUACUUUUACUUUACGUAUAUGCAAGGCUUGAAUAUUCUGUCUUGGAGAGGCUGUUACAGAGUGCUAAGUGUGAUCAUCUGCACCAGCAAAGUGUCAUACUGUCCAUGCUAAAUACUGCAAAUAUAUAUUACUUAACAUAAGCUGGAAAAAACUAAUAAAUGAGAAUAGUUUUUUUACACCUUCAUAACAGUUACACCACAUUCAGUAAACUGCAGUGCAUGGUUGCUGUAAAAUAAUUUGAUGAAGUUUUAAUGUUCUAUUCUCAACGGCAUCUCUGA